CAAGCCUCCAAGUAUAUGAAACUUUUGUGUCAAGUACUGCCAAGCGUGAUAGGACUGCAAGCUGAUCUUUCUGGCCUGUUUCGUCUCAAUUUGGAACAUAUUUGAACUUCUCGAAAUACCCGAACUAUAACUAUAGUAUAUCCCAUUGUCGUUGAGCGGAAAGCGACGACACUCAAAUCUCCGUCGCCAUCGGAUUCCAUUUCCAUCGCAAUAUCAACAAACAUCCAAAUCCCCUUUGAACAAGACAUAGCGAAUGCGAACCCCAUCCUGAUGGAAAAUGGGUAUCGGCCCUCUGGAUCGAGAUAGCAAUGGUGGCACGAGGUUCACUGGAUGUACCGGGAUCCGCGACUUUGAAUUUUUGGGUAAACUCGGUGAAGGUACCUUUGGAGAGGUCUAUAAGGCGAGAGCUAAAAGGGACGACUCUAUCGUCGCUUUGAAAAAGAUCCUUAUGCACAAUGAACGAGAUGGGUUUCCGAUUACGGCCCUCCGAGAAAUCAAGCUUCUCAAAAUGCUGUCCCACGUCAACAUCAUGCGACUCAGGGAAAUGGCUGUGGAGCGAAGUAAAGGAGAGGGACGCAAGAAGGCUAGCAUGUAUAUGGUUUUCCCCUAUAUGGAACACGACCUUUCGGGACUUUUGGAGAAUCCUGCUGUUCAUUUCACUGAACCCCAAAUUAAGUGCUACAUGAUCCAACUCCUCGAGGGAUUAAGAUAUCUACACGGGAAUUGCAUCCUACACCGCGACAUGAAAGCCGCGAACUUGCUUAUAAGCAACCACGGUAUCCUACAGAUCGCUGACUUUGGUCUGGCACGGCCUUUCGACGAAGCACCUCCUCAGCCCGGGAAAGGGGGGGGAGAAGCGAAAAGAGAUUAUACCACUUUGGUUGUGACUCGAUGGUAUCGCCCUCCGGAACUACUUCUCCAACUCCGUCGCUAUACCUCUGCUAUUGAUAUGUGGGGUGUUGGAUGUGUUUUCGGUGAAAUGUUCAAGGGAAAACCAAUCCUUGCCGGUAACAGUGAUCUCAAUCAAGCACAACUCAUAUUCAGUCUUGUAGGCACUCCUACAGAAGAGAAUAUGCCAGGGUGGAGCUCCCUUCCGGGUUGUGAAGGCGUGAAAAGUUUCGGCAACAGGCCAGGGAAUCUUGCUGAGGUAUUCAAAAACCAAAGCCCUAUCGCCAUUUCUUUGCUAGCCGAGCUCUUGAAACUUGAUUGGCGGAAAAGGGUGAACGCGAUUGACGCGUUAAAACACCCUUAUUUCUCGACACCACCCCUUCCAGCGCGUCCGGGUGACAUUCCAACUUUUGAGGAUUCCCACGAACUUGAUAGACGGAGAUUCCGUGGACAGAGAGCUGCUAUGCCUCCAGCACCUGCUGGAGGUUCUGUGGGGGUGGGUCGGAAUGGAGGAUGGACCACCAAUUCAGGAAACAAAACAAACGCAGAAGCCAGGAACCCUCGUGUUCCAGGAGCUUCCCGGGGAGUUAAGGCAAUUUCUAAUGGAAGCAUGGGGAGCCAACGGCGCGAUACCUGGAAUAAUGAUUCCCAGCACAGUCGGCAGAGAAGGAUUAAUGAGGAUUCAAACCAAGGUCUCCCGUCUCGGCAUAGAGACGGCGGCUUACCACCUAAACCCCCAGCGCCAACCCAUCAUGAACCGUGGACAGGCCAUCCCGAUAAAGGAGCGCGAGACCGAGGGUACGGGCCUCGCUAUGGGGGCCCCGAAGCAAGUGUCGAUUCAUACAUUCCUAUUUACAGCGGGAGCGAUCGAAGUCGUGAGAGAGGCCAUGGCCCCACCAACUCCGACUGGCGUGGAUCAUAUCAUGACAUGCCAUACCAGAACAAGCUUGAUUAUUCGCGAGAGAAUUCAUCAAGGAGGCGGAGCCGGAGCCCUAUGUAUAAAGAACGAGUAGACAGGGGCUCGUAUCGCCGAUAAUCCGAUAGUUUCACCGUGCCGUUCGUUACCCUUUGGAUUCGGCUCUACGGCGCCGGUGGGGUGGUGUUAAAACGACAAAUACUUUUAUGCUCUUCGUUUCGAAAAACAAUUAGUUACUUAUUCGCUCACGUUGAAUGCUUGGCAUUACAACAACAUUUACUUUUUCAGCGUCGAUCCGAAAUAUUAAGACGGAAAAAUGAAAGACUUUUCUCUAGCAAGUUCUUAAGUAUUCAAGUUGCACACGUCAGGUGGUCGACCUCCAACAUUCUGAAGCCCAGCAAAUUCGGGUAGAAAGGUACCGUUGAGGGACUCCUACCAGGAACCAAAACAAAAAAAAAAUGACAUAACCCUCUUAACUUCCCGCCCGUCCAGUUCUCUCCUGUUGCGACAUGGAAGUAUAUGUGCCCCCUAAUCUAUGUGGAAUGAUUAAUGCAAUGGAGCUCAGGAGAACUCAAUCUGAGCAGACUUAAUACAAUAUUCUCGUCAUUAUCCGGG